CCUUUAAGGCAAUCUUUAAUUUAUGUAUAUUUUUUCCUAAAUUUGUAUUUAAGUUUGUUUGAUGCAAAGUGUUCAUCUCAAAUGUUUAUAAGUAUGUGUAUGAUAAUAUAAAAUUGUUUCUCUUAGGACAAAUCGCUAAUUUGAGAAGUUUAUAUAAUCUCGCGAUAUGUGUUAAGUGACUUCCGGUUUGCGGGAGAUCGCGUUAGUAAUUUCCUGUUUACGACGGGAUACGGGAGAAACUAGGCACAUGCGACCGUCAUGUGAAUCUCUUGCCAUCCGCUAAGAAAUACCAUAGACGCAAUGCCUUUUUACCAAAUUACCAUAUAAAGUGAAGAGAAGAAAAUAAACGACACUUUUAUGAAGUGAAUCCUCUUCAUUUGACGUCUGGUUAGCUCCGUGUUUAGUUUAGAGUUUCAACACUCUGGACAAGAACACUAGAGUAAAAAGGCAUAAACUUCACAUAUUUCUACAAGCAACAAAAUGGCUAGCAGACAAAGCUCCAAGUCAUCAAGCAGCAAGAGUGGCUUGACGCAUUCGUCCACAGCAAGUGCAGCUGCCAUCGCUAGAGCUAAAGCAGAAGCUGCCAAAGUACGAGCGUCAUAUGCUAGCAAAGAAGCUAAGCUAAAGAUGGAAAAGGCUGCCAGAGAAGCAGAAAGUCUUACAAGAGACGCACAGAAUCAGUUGGAAAGGGUAAGGAUCGAUGCAGAGAUAGAAGUGCUGAAUCUACAGAGAGAGGCUGAUGCAGCUAUAGCAGAAGCAGAUGCAUUAGAGAAUCCUGGAGGACUGAGGGUUUUAGAUACAGCUGGAGAAUCUGUCUCAGAAAGAGUAAAGGAGGAACGCAUAAAGGAAUAUGUGGAUUCACAAAACGACCUUCAACGACAAUCACAUCCUCCAAACCUGCCUGCAAGCAUCCCAUCUCACACAGAUGCAAAGGAAAACCAAGUAAAACUGCACUUACCUGCAAAAGAGGACUUCCAACUAAAUCCUACACAAGAAUUAAGGACCCACAAUGGCAACAGCUUCGAUGAGAAGAUAUCAAGCCCCAUCAUGAAUGCUGAUGCAUCGCCAUACACACCACGGUAUAUUCCAUCGUCUGCCCGACAGCCGGAUCCAGAACCUGUGGCACUCUAUCUAGCACGGAGAGAUUUGGUUAACUCAGGGCUGUACCAGUACGACGAUAAGCCUGAAAAUUAUCGUGCCUGGUACUCUUCAUUCUCCGGUGCUGUUAACGGUCUCCAGCUCACAUCAGCCCAGGAACUGGACCUCAUGACUAAGUGGCUAGGAAAAGACUCCAGUGAACUGGUAAAACGCAUUCGCUCAGUCCAUGUAAAUAACCCCAGAUUAGCCUUAAUUAAGGCAUGGGAGAGGCUACAAGAGUCUUAUGCAGCUCCAGAAAUCCUAGAAAACUUGCUGUUUCAGCGAUUAGAGAGGUUUCCCAAGAUUACUGCUAAAGACAACAUAAAGUUAAGAGAAUUAGGAGAUUUGCUGCAGGAAAUUGAAGGUGCUAAAGAAGAUGGCUACCUCACAGGCCUGACAUACUUGGACACUCCACGGGGAAUAGCACCAAUUGUGGAAAAACUUCCAUUCGGUCUUCAAGAGAGGUGGGUCUCUAUUGGUUCUUUUUACAAAGAAGAGAACUUUGGUCGCUUUCCACCCUUUGAGCACUUUUGCAAGUUUGUGUGCCAUGAAGCAAAGAAGAGAAAUGACCCCAGUUUCAUGUGUCAGUCCAGCCCCACAACUCAUUCCAAACCAGCUAAGUAUACCUCAAACCAUUUCAUCCCAAACAAACCAGUCUCUGUGCACAAAACAAAUGUUUCUAUCACCAAUACUGAUCCUAACAAGAACUGUCCACUACAUAACAAACCUCAUCCACUUAAGAAAUGCAGAAUGUUCCGGAACAAACCCUACAGUGAGAGGAGGACAAUCCUCAAAGAGAAAGGAAUAUGUUUCAAAUGCUGCUCUUCUACUUCCCAUUUAGCCAAAGCCUGCAUGUCAGCUGUGAAGUGUUCUGAAUGCAGUAGUAGCUAUCACGAUGCAGCAAUGCACCCUGACUCAUCAUACCAAACAAUCAAGGCUCCCUCAACGGCUCAAGAAGACGGCGGGGAGGGGGAAGAGCAAACAGAUGCCAUCAACACAAGCUGCACAGAAGUCUGCGGCCCAGGUCAGUGGAACCGCUCAUGCUCAAAGAUAUGUCUUACUAAGAUUUAUCCAAAAGGCGCUCAGGACAAAGCCAUUAAAGCUUAUGUAAUAUUGGAUGAUCAAAGUAAUCGCUCACUAGCUAGGUCAGAGUUCUUCGAACUGUUUAAUAUAGAGAGCAGUCCAUGCUUCUACUACCUCAAAACUUGUUCUGGAGUCACAGAAACAUCAGGCAGAAAGGCUGAGGGAUUCCAGAUAGAGUCACUCGACGGCAAAGUCGUCAUCUGUCUCCCUCCACUCCUAGAAUGCAACGACAUCCUGAACAACCGUUCAGAGAUUCCAACUCCAAGUGCAAUCAUGCACCAACCCCAUUUAAGAGACAUUGCUAAACACGUCCCAGACUUAGAUCCAGAUGCAAAAAUACUACUGCUACUGGGAAGAGAUGUCAUUAGAGCACAUAAAGUCAGAGAGCAGAUUAAUGGACCACACAACGCACCCUUUGCACAACGUCUGGACCUUGGCUGGGUGGUUGUUGGAGAUGUGUGUCUCGGGAACGUGCACAAACCCAUGGUAAAGACAUUCAAAACCAACGUGCUAGAGAACGGCCGACCUUCAAUAUUUCAGCCUUGCACCAGCUUCAUACACGCCAGAGAAGCACGGCAUGAUUAUGACCAGCGAUGCAGUGUUAAUGAAAAAAUGCUAGGACAGUCUGUGUUCAUCCAAACAGAACAUGACAACAAGAAUGGAUGCAAAGGUCUACAGAGACGAAGAUAACAGUUGGGUUGCGCCAUUGCCUUUCAGAGAACCCAGACAGCGUUUGCCAAAUAACAAAGAGCAAGCAAUUAGUCGAUUCACUUCCCUGAAACGAACAAUGAAAAGGAAACCAGAGAUGCAGCAACAGUAUGUGGAGUUCAUGGGAAGGAUAUUUGCCAAUGGACAUGCUGAGGUGGCACCUCAACUGAAAGAAAAUGAGGAAUGCUGGUAUCUCCCAACAUUUGGAGUUUAUCACCCACAGAAACCCAACCAGAUCAGAGUGGUUUUUGAUUCUAGUGCACAGUGGUCUGGCACCUCACUCAACGAUGUGCUUCUUAAAGGUCCUGAUCUAAAUAACAGUCUCCUAGGUGUUCUGUUACGGUUCAGGAAAGAGAAGGUUGCAGUUCUUGCUGACAUCCAGCAAAUGUUUCACUGUUUCCUAGUACAUGAAGACCACAGAAACUUCUUACGAUUUCUUUGGCACAAGGAUAAUGACAUCAACAAGGAGGUUGUCGAGUACAGAAUGAGAGUCCACGUCUUCGGUAACAGUCCGUCGCCUGCAGUUGCUGUCUAUGGGCUAAGAAGAGCCAUAAGGGAAGGUGCACAAAGGUAUGGCGAGGACACUGUUAAGUUUGUGGAAAGACACUUUUAUGUCGAUGAUGGCCUAAUAUCAGUGUCAACUGAAGCUGAAGCAAUUGAUCUUCUGAAACGAACACAGGCUUCACUCGCAGAGUCUAACCUGCGUUUGCACAAGCUCGUUUCAAACUGUCAGGCAGUCACAGAGGCCUUCUCACCAGAAGACUGUGCAGUGGUGAAGAACUUGGAUUUGAGUGGAAAAGACACACCCACACAGCGAAGUUUAGGUCUUCUGUGGGAAAUCAGAACGGACACAUUCACCUUCUCAGUGCCACCAAAUAACAAGCUAUUCACUCGUCGAGGUGUUCUGUCUACUGUGAGUAGCAUUUUCGAUCCUCUGGGCCUGAUUGCUCCGGUCACAAUCCAGGGAAGAGCAAUUCUAAGAGAACUUACCUCCGAGCAGUCUGACUGGGACACACCCCUGCCUGCAGAUAGGCUAAACCAAUGGGAGGCGUGGAGAAAUUCACUUCAAGAUCUAAAGCAGCUUCAUGUCCCACGUAUUUAUACUGCGGCUUCACCCAGUGAAACAACAUACAAAGAACUGUGUGUGUUCUCAGAUGCUUCAGUCAAAGCUAUAGGUGCAGUAGCAUAUUUAAGAACAGUUCAAGAACACGGCCAUGUCGAGGUGGGAUUCAUCAUGGGUAAGGCGAAGCUGGCACCACAAUCUGUCCCAACAGUCCCAAGACUUGAGCUCUGUGCAGCCGUCUUAGCAGUUGAAAUGGCUGAUCUCAUACAAGACGAGCUGGAUCUGGAACUGGAUGCUGUCAAGUUUUACACAGACAGCAAAGUGGUUCUUGGUUACAUCUGUAACGAAUCAAAACGAUUCUAUUUGUACGUCCAUAAUAGAGUCCAGCGAAUUCGCAUGUCAUCAAGGCCAGAACAAUGGAAUUACGUCCAUACAGAGAAGAACCCUGCUGACCAUGCUUCAAGAUCCGUGCCUGCAUCUCAUCUUGCUCAGACCUCAUGGUUUACAGGACCUGACUUCCUCCGUAAGACACCUGUGGAAGAAACACAACCCAGUCCAUCAUUUGAGUUAAUCGAACCAGAAACGGAUGUGGAAAUUCGACCAGAAGUAAGGACCUGUGCUACCUUUCUGGACAGCAAAGUGCUAACAUCUGAACGCUUUCAGCGAUUCUCUACCUUUACCUCAUUGGUAAGAAGCAUAGCAUCACUUAUCCACAUUGCCAAAUCAUACAAUCACUCAGUUCAAAACAGCAAAUGCAAGGGAUGGCACAUAUGUAACUUACCGCAUACUCAAGAGGAACGUGACCAAGCCAAGGACGUUAUCUUCAAAGCAACGCAAAUUUCAGCUUUUGCCAAGGAACGUGCAGCCUUGCACACCAACAAAAUGAUACCUACCAACAGCUGUUUAAGGACACUCAAUCCAAUCCUGGAUAAUGGUCUUCUUGUUUUAGGAGGACGCCUUAAAUAUUCAGGCCUCACAUCUGUGGAAAAGAACCCAAUAAUCCUGCCGAAGCGCAACCACAUCUCUGUGCUGCUCACACGUUAUUACCAUGAGCAAGUGAAACACCAAGGUCGCCAUCUGACAGAAGGUGCCAUCAGGGCCGCUGGUUUGUGGAUUUUGGGAGGCAAAGCUCUGGUCAAUUCAGUGCUUCAUAAAUGUGUGAUCUGCCGCAAACUGCGAGGAAAACAGGAAGAGCAACAUAUGUCAGAUCUGCCACCUGAACGACUCCAAGUCUGCCCUCCAUUUACAUAUGUAGGACUAGACGUUUUUGGGCCAUGGUCUGUCAACAUCAGACGUACUAGAGGAGGACAAGCGGGAAGCAAAAGAUGGGCUAUCAUGUUCAGUUGCAUGAGUUCACGAGCAGUCCACAUCGAGGUCAUCGAGUCUAUGGACACGUCCAGCUGCAUCAACGCCCUCAGGCGUUUCUUCGCACUCAGAGGCCCUGCAAAGCAGUUACGAUCUGACUGUGGCACUAACUUCAUCGGUGCAAGCAAAGAACUGGGCAUGGACAAAAGGAUGCAUAGUUACCUGAGUGAACAGGGUUGCACAUGGGUAUUCAACCCACCCCAUGCCUCUCAUAUGGGAGGUUCCUGGGAACGAAUGAUAGGCAUCGCUAGAAGAAUCCUCGACUCAAUGUUUUUACAGCAGAACAUUCGACUAACACAUGAGGUACUGUGCACACUGAUGGCAGAGGUUACAGCCAUUAUGAAUGGACGGCCGCUUACACCUGUGUCUUCAGAUCCAGAAAACCCCUUCAUUCUUUCUCCGUCGAUGCUCCUCACACAGAAAGUAGGAGUUCCGCCUCCAUUAGGGGAGUUUUCAGACAAAGAUCUACACACAAAGCAGUGGAGACAGGUUCAGACCCUAGCAGAUCAGUUCUGGACUCGUUGGAAAAAGGAAUAACUGCACACUCUGCAACGCAGACAGAAGUGGACGGAAAUUCGAAGGAACCUUCAAGUCGGAGACUUGGUCCUACUAAAGGAUAAACAGGUUGCACGCAACUGCUGGCCCAUGGCCAGAGUCACUGCCACAUUCCCUGGUAAAGACGAACAUGUCAGGAAAAUCGAGUUGCAAACAACAGAGGGAGGAAACCCAAAGACUUUUCUGAGACCUGUAGGAGAGGUUGUUCUACUCAUGUCUAAAGACUGAAGUAAUAACUGUUUGAUUUGUUCUGAUGUUCAGUGACCUUACAAAGGUCAGACGGGGAGUGUGUUGCCUUUAAGGCAAUCUUUAAUUUAUGUAUAUUUUUUCCUAAAUUUGUAUUUAAGUUUGUUUGAUGCAAAGUGUUCAUCUCAAAUGUUUAUAAGUAUGUGUAUGAUAAUAUAAAAUUGUUUCUCUCAGGACAAAUUGCUAAUUUGAGAAGUUUAUAUAAUCUCGCGAUAUGUGUUAAGUGACUUCCGGUUUGCGGGAGAUCGCGUUAGUAAUUUCCUGUUUACGACGGGAUACGGGAGAAACUAGGCACAUGCGACCGUCAUGUGAAUCUCUUGCCAUCCGCUAAGAAAUACCAUAGACGCAAUGCCGUAAGUUUGUAUUUUUUGAUGGUUCAUACUAUAAACGCUAUAUUUGCGUAUGUAUGUGUUAAAACGAGAAAGCAUACAAUGUUGUAUUUGAUUGAUAUUCAGUCUUAAAAGUUUCGGUGACAGUAUUCAGAGACUGAAUGUUUUCCUUUUGUAUUGUGUUUUUACAGUUUUUACCAAAUUACCAUAUAAAGUGAAGAGAAGAAAAUAAACGACACUUUUAUGAA